ACCAAAUCACGUUAGCUCUUAGCUCAUUUUCGCUAACAAAGACUUUGUUCCCUUUUUCCUCCAACGUACAUAUCAGAAAGACUCUGACUUUAUACCUCUCUCCUUCUUCUUCUUCUUCUUCGUCUUCUCUCUCUUAUGUCCUUGUCCAAUUUCCAAAUCCUUUGUUGUUGAAUUUUGUCUUCUUUCUUCCUGAGAUUUCCCUUCUUGUCUUCAAGAAACCUUGAUCAGGGCUUAUGGGUAUUGAUCAAACAAUGAAAAGUUUGUGUUUUUGGGUAGAUUUUGAUGUUUAUGUUCUUAGCUGACAUAAGGGUUUUGUGAUUCAAGAGAAAAGUUUUCAUCUUUAGGUUUUGUUGAUGAGUUUGUGAAAGUCGAAGACUGUUUACAAGGUUAAAUAUUUUCAGGGUUUCUAUUGUUUAAGGAGGGAGAAACGAAAUGUCAGGUGGUGGUGGAUCACAGAGUAGUUUAAGGAGGUAUCUUGGAGCUAUUAAAGAUACCACCACAGUUUCAUUAGCUAAGGUCAAUAGUGAUUACAAGGAAUUGGAUAUUGCUAUUGUGAAGGCUACUAAUCAUGUGGAACGUCCUUCUAAAGAAAGAUACAUCAGAGCUAUUUUUAUGGCUAUUUCAGCAACAAGGCCUCGUGCAGAUGUGGCUUAUUGUAUCCAUGCUCUUGCUAGGCGGUUAUCAAGAACACAUAACUGGGCGGUUGCACUGAAAACUCUUAUUGUUAUUCACCGUGCCUUGAGAGAAGUGGACCAGACAUUUCAUGAAGAAGUUAUUAAUUAUAGCAGAAGCAGAAGUCAUAUGCUGAAUAUGUCUCAUUUUAAAGAUGAUUCUGGUCCAAAUGCUUGGGCUUAUUCUGCUUGGGUCCGUUUCUAUGCUCUAUUCUUAGAGGAGCGAUUAGAGUGUUUCCGUGUUUUGAAGUACGAUGUUGAGGUUGACCCCCCAAGAACCAAAGAUUUGGACACUCCUGAUUUGCUCGAGCAACUUCCUGCUCUGCAAGAACUUCUUUUCCGUGUUCUUGACUGUCAGCCUGAAGGGGCAGCUGUUCAAAACCACAUUAUCCAAUUGGCACUCUCAAUGGUUAUAUCUGAGAGCACUAAAAUAUAUCAAGCACUGACAGAUGGCAUAGACAAUUUGGUUGAUAAGUUCUUUGAUAUGCAACGGAAUGAUGCUGUGAAGGCUUUGGAUAUGUACAGACGAGCGGUAAAACAGGCAGGGAGGCUUUCUGAAUUUUUCGAAGUUUGCAAAAGUGUUAAUGUUGGACGUGGAGAGAGAUUUAUAAAGAUUGAGCAGCCUCCCACUUCUUUUCUACAAGCAAUGGAAGAGUAUGUGAAAGAAGCACCAUUAGCAGCAGGGGUCAAGAAAGAGCAGGUAGUGGAGAAACUUACUGCUCCCAAAGAGAUUUUGGCCAUAGAGUACGAAAUUCCCCCGAAGGUUGUUGAAGAGAAACCAGCAUCACCUGAACCAGUUAAAGCAGAAGCAGAGAAGCCUGUAGAGAAACAACCUGACCUUCUGUCUAUGGAUGAUCCAGCUCCAAUGGUCUCUGAACUUGAAGAGAAAAAUGCUUUGGCUUUGGCUAUUGUCCCUGUUAGCGUUGAACAGCCACAUUCGACAACUGAUUUUACAAAUGGUAAUUCGACUGGCUGGGAAUUGGCACUUGUGACUGCCCCAAGCUCAAAUGAAGGUGCCGCUGCAGAUAGCAAAUUGGCGGGUGGACUGGACAAGCUCACACUUGACAGCCUAUAUGAGGAUGCAAUCAGAGUGAGUCAACAGCAAAACAGGAGCUAUAAUCCAUGGGAACAAAAUCCAGUUCAUAAUGGUCACAUGAUGCACCAACCUUUCUAUGCAUCUAAUGGAGUCGCAGCUCCUCAACCUUUUCAAAUGGCGAACCAAAAUCAUCAAACAUUCGGGUAUCAGCAUCAGAAUGCAGGAAUGAUGAUGGGACCUGUACAACAACCUUAUCAACAACAGCAGCAGAACAUGAACAAUCCCUUUGGCAACCCAUUUGUAUCCAAUGGUAAUCCGCAACAACCGCAAGGUUACAACCCAUAUCCAAGGUAUAUGUAAGGAAAGGGGUGUGAUAUGAUCUGACAUGAGAAAGCAGGAUAAGAUCCAUAUUCAAGCCAGUCAGGUGGCAGAUGUCUGUUAUAUAUAAAUGUAUACAAGUAUAUGUUGUGAGGUUAUUGUAGCUAGCGAGGUUCUUUUUGUUAAGUAAAUUGUACAUUACGUCAAGUAAAUUGUACAUUACGUCUGUGUCUGUGUGUGGAUGUAUCAGUGAGAGAAAGUUGAGUUUUUGAGGACAUCAUUUGUUGUCAAUUUAAUGCACUUUUAAAAGUUGAAAAGAAGUGAUGAAUAGUACUAACAGUUGAAAAGAA